CCGGUAGGGCUCGGCCGGGGCGCGGAGCGGCGGGGGAGGCGGGCGGCGGCGGCUCUGCGGCCGGGGAGCAGGGAGGCAAUGGUGUCGGUAACAUCUCCUUGGAAUAUCUGAAGUCCAUAUGGCUAUGUAUGAUGAAGAUAUCUUGAAAAAUCCCUUUUAUUUGGCCAUUCAGAAGCGACGUCCUGAUCUAUGCAGCAAAGUUGCAGAACUCCAUGGUAUUGUGCUAGUUCCAUGCAAAGGAAGCCUUUCAAGCAACAGUCUUUCUACCUGCCAGUUUGAAUCUUAUGUUCUGAAGCCACUGGAAGAAAGUUUUCAAACCUUAAAUGGAAAGGAGAUCUUCAUACAAGGAAACCUCAUCAUUCUAGGAGCUGGUUUUAAUUACACUCUCUCAGUACCUGUUCUCUUUGAGGAAACCUUUUACAAUGAAAAAGAGGAAAGCUUUAGUAUAUUGUGUAUAGCUCAUCCAUUGGAAAAAACAGAAAGCUCAAGUGAAUCUACAGCUUCAUCAAACUCCUAUUCUCUUAAAAACAUUGAAGAUGUUAGAGAGUUCUUGGGAAGGCACUGUGAGAGAUUUGAUAAAUACAUAGGAUCAUUCUAUAGAACAUUUAAAGAACAUGAAAGGAAAAGCCUCCGCCACUACAUAGAUUCUGUCAAUGCACUUUAUACCAAAUGUCUGCAGCAUCUUUUGAGAGAUUCGCACUUGAAGAUGCUUGCAAAGCAAGAAGAGCAGAUGAAUCUGAUCAAACAAGCAGUUGAAAUGUAUAUCCAUCAUGCUAUUUAUGAUCUAGUCUUCAAAUAUGUGGGGACAAUUGAGGCAAGUGAGGAUGCUGAUUUUAAUAAAAUCACGAGGAGCCUUCAAGACCUGCAGCAGAAAGACAUUGGAGUGAAGCCUGAGUUCAGUUUUAAUAUACCACGUGCAAAGCGAGAACUGGGUCAGCUGAACAAAUGCACUUCCCCUCAACAGAAGCUACUUUGUCUGCGUAAAGUUGUACAAAUUAUUAUGCAGUCUCCAAGCCAAAGAGUUAACAUGGAAACCAUGUGUGCAGAUGAUCUUCUCUCUGUUUUGCUAUAUUUGCUUGUAAAAACAGAAAUCCCAAACUGGAUGGCCAACUUGAGUUACAUAAAGAACUUCAGGCUUUGCAGUUCAGUGAAGGAUGAGUUGGGAUACUGCCUUACCUCGAUUGAGGCUGCAAUAGAAUACAUACGACAAGGCAACCUCUCUGACAGAUCAACAGAAUCUGAGAGUCUGUGUGACAAGCUGCUCUUAAGACAAAGGAUGAACUUGUUGUCCCAGAUGUCUGCUGCACCAAUAGACUGCUUGUUUAAGCAUAUUGCUUCAGGUGAUCAGGAGGAAGUGGAGCGGCUGCUAAGUCAAGGUGACAGUGAUAAGGACACUGUACAGAAAAUGUGUCACCCGCUGUGUUACUGUGACAAAUGCGAGAAGCUGGUUUCUGGGAAACUGAAUGACCCUUCCAUUAUCACCCCCUUUUCCCGAGAUGACCGGGGAUAUACUCCACUUCACAUAGCUGCUAUUUGUGGUCAAACUUCCUUAGUGGAUUUGCUCGUAGCCAAAGGAGCCAUUGUCAAUGCUACCGAUUACCACGGUUCAACUCCCCUUCACCUCGCCUGUCAGAAGGGAUAUCAGAAUGUUACACUGCUCUUAUUGCACUACAAGGCAAGUAGUGAUGUUCAGGACAAUAAUGGAAAUACUGCACUUCAUUUAGCCUGCACUUACGGUCAUGAGGAUUGUGUGAAGGCUUUAGUGUACUACGACGUGCAUUCCUGCAGGCUGGAUAUUGGCAAUGAGAAGGGAGACACUGCUCUGCACAUUGCUGCUCGCUGGGGCUACCAAGGGAUCAUAGAGGUGCUCUUGCAAAAUGGGGCAAACCCAGAAAUUCAGAACCGCAUGAAAGAGACUUCCCUACAGUGUGCAUUGAAUUCCAAGAUUUUGUCGUUGAUGGAAUUAAACUACCUAACGUUUGAGAGAGGACAGAGUGCUUCUGAGUCACCACUUAGGUCUCCUCAGCACUCAGCAGAAACUUUCAGCAGAGGAUCAUCUGUCUCAAGCCUGUCAUCAGCAUCAACUGAUAUAAGGCAAGAAGAAGCAAAAAACAGUUAUAAAGAGGUGGAAAAACUCCUGAGAGCAGUUGCUGAUGGAGAUCUGGAAAUGGUCCGUUACCUCUUGGAAUGGGUGGAAGAAGACUUGGAAGAUGAGGAUGACACAGCCAGUACAUCAAAAUCAGAAUUCUGCCAUCCCUUAUGCCAGUGUUCAAAAUGUGGACCAGCACAAAAGAAGUUUUCCAGGAUCUGUGCCAACGGGCUGGGGGUGAAUGUUUCAAACCAGGACGGUUUCACCCCUCUGCACAUGGCAGCUCUGCACGGCCACGGCGAGCUGGCGGCGCUGCUGCUGCGCCACGGCGCCAAUGCCAGCGCCAAGAACGCCCAGCUGGCAGCUCCCCUGCACCUGGCCUGCCAGAGGGGGCACUCCCAGGUGGUCAAGUGUCUGAUGGAUUACAAUGCUAAACAAAAUAAAAAGGAUAUAUAUGGAAAUACUCCCUUAAUUUAUGCAUGCCUGAAUGGUCAUUAUGAGACUACUGCCCUGUUGUUGCAGCACGGCGCCUCCGUCAACCUCUGCAAUGCCAAGGGCAACACAGCCCUGCACGAGGCCGUGGCCAGCAGGAACGAGGCGCUGGUGGCCCUGCUGCUGCAGAACGGGGCCCUGCGGCACCUGCGCAACGAGCGGAGCCGCAUGGCUGCCGACUGCGCCGAGCCCAAUUCAAACAUCAUGAAGUUGCUGGAAGCAGCACCAAGCUGUGUCCCCACAUCAGCAGAGGGAGAGAAGGAGAGUGAGCAGCAUGUUACUGUCAAGAUAAGGAGAAAAGUGCAUCCUAAGCCCUGUGAGGAAGCCGAUGAUCCCAUAAGCAGACAACUUCAACUGGUCCAAUCAAUUAACAGAUUUAACAAAGAAAAAUACUUACGGCGAACAAUAACAAGAGAUAAAAGUGUCCCUAAUUUUGACUAUCACUUACUGCACCAGAUGGCUAUUAAAAGCUUUGAUAAAAGCAAAUUAAAAUCUGUUGGAAUGCUGGACCAGAGCACAGUUCAGGUGACUGACACGGGGUGCAGUGGUGAGUUUGUGGAAGAUGAUGACACAACAGCUCCUCCCAGGAGUAAAUUGCUGCAGCGCAGACACACGGUCAAUGUGGCACUGCCAGCAGAGGAGGGCAGUGACAGUGGCUCGUGCAGCCCUGCAGAGCCAGGGGCUCCUCAGCCCCAGGACUGCCAUGGCUCCGUCUCAGAUCACUGACAGGGAAGCACGGACUGGAAGCACAGAGCUGAGGAAGCUGGUGUGAAUUGCAGUAGCCCUUCACUGUGUGCCAGUGUCCCAGCUCAGAGCACGCACAGGCCGGCUCUGCCGCACAGCUGGAAUGUUCUGGCACCUGGGGCCUGACUCCUCUGUCCAUGUUGGAGGUGACCACACAGCCAGGUCAUUACUGAUCUCACUAACAGGGACGUAACGAGAUGAAGACAGCAAAAUUACCUUCCUGUUCUAUUCAGCACUCAUUAAAAAGUUCUAUGUAACAGUUAAACCAAAUGAAACCCUGUAUUGUAUUUUUCAGCCACCUGCUUUGUUUUAAAAGUCUUUGAAUAAUUUUUGCAUUUUCAGUUUUUAUCACUACAUUCAGAAUUAAAUAUAUUUAUAUAUAUAAAAAGAUAUAUUGGGUAACAAGGUAUUUAUUGCCAGAGGUAAUUGAAAUGUCUCUAUUUUUAUUGUAAUGCUGCAACCAUUAUAGCAUAUAUUUCUGUAUAUUUCAGUAGUUGGGCAAACAAUAGUCCAUAACAUCUGCAUUAUUAAUGUGAAGGGAUGUAAUCCUUGCUAAUCUCUCAGCAAUGCUCCCCUGUACUGGAGUUGCAAUAUCGAGUUCUUACAGAGGAGCCAAGAUACUGGGGAAAAAGUGGAGAGCCCUUGACAAAGCUAAACUUUGGACUUGCUAUAUACAGCCUAAUAAAAAAGCAGAAGCAAGCACACGGUGCAAGGGCACAUACAAUUAGGUUGCUUUUCCCUUCCUCUAAAGCAAGUAAUGCAAAAAUGCACAAGUAUUCAUGAUUCUGAACCUAGAAAACAUCCACAGACAAAACUGCUUCAGAGCCAGCUCUGGACUGCUCCUAAAAAGGUGAAAUUCCCAUUAUGAAAGGUACUUCUCACAUCAGUGAGCACUGGCUAGAACAGGCCAAAUCCUGCCCCAUUCCCAGGGGUAUGGUCACUGAAGAACUGAAAGCUCACAGGGAACUACCAAGUGGCUGCUUAGAUCUGAAGUUCAUUUUCUACUGUUUGGUUAUGGGAGGAGAAGGUGUAAAUAGCACAAGCCAGGUUUUACAGUGCAGUAUUUUUUUAUUCUUGGCUCAUCACAUCCAGCUUGCAUUUUAUUUCAUGAACUAUUUGUACAGAUAAUUCUCUUUCUUCUAACUGUGGUAUUAUUAAACUACCUGGCAAAAUACAAAGCUGGAAGACAGAGUGGUGAGUUUUUCAGAUAAAUUUUUAAUCUAAGAGGUAAAAUGUCAAAUGACAUUUGGAUUUGAGGGUAAUGUGUUUAUUUUUCUAAUAAUUUAUGAGUUCAUCUGAUUUUCUGAUGUGCCUUGGAUUUGUGCCAAAUGAUGGAAAGAAAAAACUAGUAAAAGAACUCUUGAAAAUGC